UUGAGCCUGAUAGCAAAAAGAAAAAACUGGUAAAGAACAAAGAAUAUAUUGGCAAAUCCUCAAAGUCUCUACAGUAUGGAAAAGAAGAGAAUAAUUCAGUAGAUAUUCAGAAAACAGGGAAAACAAAGAAACGUAUGCACUCUGAAAUAUGCUCAGAAACCUUUGAGAAAUUGAGAGCAUUUAGCCGUUUGGAGCCUCCAAGAAACAGAGUUUCUUCAGAAGCUUUUCAUGGAAAAGAGUCAGUAGCUUUGAAAAAAUGCCAACAUUCUGUGAUUGGAAACAAUGAAACAAAUGAUACUUUACAUCCCCCAAAUAUAAGUAAGGGAAAAAAUGUCGCCCACUUUUUCACCAUGAAAAUGAGAUCUGAAAAUACCCGUAAUACAUCAGAUACAACUUUAAAAAAACCAACCAAAAUUGUAUAUACACCUCUUGAGCUUCAGUUCCUAGAACUAAAAAAACAGUAUGAAGAUGCUAUUCUAUGUAUUGAGUGUGGUUAUAAGUACAGAUUUUUUGGAGAUGAUGCAGAGAUUGCUGCUAAGGAGUUGAAUAUAUGUUGUAAUAAAAAUCACAAUUUUAUGACUGCCAGCAUACCAACGCACAGACUAUUUGUUCAUGUUCACCGUCUUGUAGCAAAGGGAUACAAGGUAGGAGUAGUAAAACAAAUGGAAACUGCUGCUUUGAAGGCUAUUGGAGAGAACAAAAGCUCUCUUUUUACCCGAAAAUUAACUUCACUCUAUACCAAAGCUACAUUUCUAGGAGAAGAUUUGAAUCCCCUGUUGAAAUUAGAUAAUUCAAUGGAGGCUGAGGAAAUCUCUUCUAAUGUUUGCGAUAAUUAUCUUCUCUGCAUCUCUGAAAACAAAGAAAAUUUAAACCAUAAGAAUCACAACAUUGUUUUGGGUGUAGUGGCGGUCCAACCUACUACAGGAGAGGUUCUGUUUGACAGUUUUCAAGAUUCUGUAGCUCGUUUAGAGUUGGAAAAUCUAAUACUACGCCUGCAGCCAGUUGAGAUUAUUCUUCCUAGAGAUGUGUCAGAUCAGACUGAGAAGCUUAUAAUUAGAAUGACUUCUGUAUGUUUACAAGAUGACAGAAUACGAAUUGAAAGAAUGAAAAAUGAACAUUUUGAGUACGGAAGUGCUUUUAAGACGAUUACAGAUUUCUAUGGCAGUCAAAUACUUGAUGGCACAGGUUCUCAAGCAUUGUCCCAGAUUUUAAAAUUCAAUAAAUCAGUGUUGUGCUCCUUGGCUGCUGUAAUCUUGUAUCUUAAAGAAUUUAAUUUAGAGAAGAUACUCUAUAACCCCAGUAAUUUUAAAAAGUUAUCAAGUGAAGAUGAAUAUAUGAUGCUAAAUGGAGCUACGUUAAAGAAUCUUGAAAUCUUGCGGAAUCAAACUGAUAUGAAAACCAAAGGCAGUCUUUUCUGUAUCUUGGAUCAUACAAAAACUUCAUUUGGACGACGAAAACUAAAGAAGUGGGUCACACAGCCUCUCUUGAAAUCCAGUGAAAUUAAUUCCCGACUUGAUGCAGUGUCUGAGAUUCUCUCCUCAGAAUCAAGUGUUCUUGGUCAAAUCAUGUCUCUGUUGUAUAAGGUUCCAGAUGUUGAGAGAGGAAUCUGUAGUAUUUAUCAUAAAAAGUGUUCUGUUCAAGAAUUCUACUUGGUAGUAAGCACACUCUCUAACUUGGAAACAGCAGUCAAAGCACUCGUUCCAGCUAUACAAGUCCAAGUGCGGGCAUCCUUGCUGCAUAAAAGCCUCUUGGAAAUUCCUGAAUUGCUUAGUUCAACAAAAAAAUAUUUAAGUAAACUUAAUGAAGAAGCAGCAAAAAUUGGAAACAAAACUGAACUAUUCAAGGAUCUUGAUGAUUUUCCUUUAAUAAGGAAGAGAAGGGAUGAGAUUCAGACAGUACUCUGUCAAAUCCAGAAUCAUAUUCAGGAUGUACGAAGAAUGCUAAAUUCCUCCUCUGUGGACUAUGUGUCAGUAUCAGGGCAAGAGUUUCAGAUUGAAGUUAAAAAUUCAGUUGUAUCUUCUGUACCAUUAGAUUGGAUUAAAGUUAGCAGCACAAAGGUUGUGAGCCGUUUCCACACUCCUUUUAUUGUAGAAAACUACAAAAUGCUAAAUCAGCUACGUGAGCAACUGGUCCUUGACUGUAAUGCGGAAUGGCUGUGUUUUUUAGAUCAUUUUAAUGAGCAUUAUCAUGCACUCUCUCAAGCUGUGGGUCAUCUAGCAACGGUGGACUGUGUUUUUUCCUUGGCUGAGGCUGCCAAACAAGGAGAUUAUUGCAGACCUGUCAUAAUAGAUGAAAAAUCAGAAAUAAUGAUAAAAAAUGGGAAACAUCCUGUGAUAGAUGUGUUACUAGGAGAGCAACAGCAAUAUGUUCCGAAUGAUACAUUCUUAUCAGAAAAUAGUCAAAGAGUAAUGGUAAUCACUGGACCUAACAUGGGGGGAAAGAGCUCUUACAUAAAACAAGUUGCAUUAAUUACUAUCAUGGCACAGAUUGGUUCUUAUGUACCAGCUGAAGAAGUAAGAAUUGGUAUUGUGGAUGGUAUAUUCACCAGAAUGGGUGCCUCAGACAAUGUAUUUAGAGGUCGCAGUACAUUUAUGGAAGAAUUAACAGAUACAGCAGCAAUUAUUCAAAAAGCAACUUCACAUUCACUAGUAAUUUUGGAUGAACUGGGAAGAGGAACUAGUACACAUGAUGGUAUUGCAAUUGCUUAUGCUACUCUAGAACAUUUCAUUAAGAAUGUUGGUUCAUUGACACUAUUUGUUACCCAUUAUCCUCCGCUGUGUGAGUUGGAAAGAACCUAUCCGACCCAUGUUGAGAACUACCAUAUGUCUUUUCUAGUGAAUGAAGAUUAUAGUAAACCAGAAGAUGAUUUUGAAGAACAAAAUCAUCUUGACUGUGUUACUUUCCUUUAUCAAAUAACUAAAGAAGUUGCUGCAAGAAGCUAUGGCUUAAAUGUUGCUAAACUGGCAGAUGUGCCAAAAGAAAUUCUUAAAAAGGCAGCAUUUAAAUCAAAGGAACUAGAAAGAUCAGCUAAUGUGAGAAGAAAAUGUUUGAUGCAUUUUGCAAAACUAUGGAACACCGAUGACAUUGAAGAACUUCGAAGAUGGAAAUAUGCGUCUGAAGUAGAUAAUGAUUUCAGCCAAUUUAAAAAUUCCACAGAGCUCUCCAACUAAAAAUGAAAAUAGAAUACAAGGUUUAAUAAUAUCUCACAAGAAGAAAUAUAUGUGAAUAAAGUAAAAGUUUAGAUCAUUUAGGGAUAUAGUAAUAGAUUUUAAUAACAAUGCCUAGUUCACAUAAUCACUUUUGGUUUUAAUUUCUGUAAACUAACUUCAAGAAUGAGUUAUGCAGAAUGGAGUACAUAAACUAAAACGUUAGGAACUCCUCUACAUCCAAAAAUCUUAAAGAGCCUUUCAUCUCAUUCUAUUUUCAUAAUGAAAAUUACAUAAUUUUCACCUAGAUUAGCAUUUGUGGAGUGGAAAGAAAUGAACAGGUAACCAAAAGGUGCUUCUGUGUUUUUUUUCCUCAGAAUAACAGCAUGAUGGAGGAGUUUGUUUAACAAAUACGUGGAAUAUAGAAGUCAUUUUCCCUAGUGCUAUUGUUUUUACUUUUAAACCAAGUAUACUCAUUUCACAGAGUUCUUGUCACGUUGUCAGACUCUUGUAGCUAGAAAUCAUUGCAAAAUAUAUUUUAUAUAAUAUCAUCUUGAUGAAGUCAUGGCCAAUUAUGAAAGCAAAAACAAUCCAUGUUGCAUUAUUUAAUAUCAGUGGAUAUUUUUGUACUAAACUUCAAUUUUUUAAUUUUUCAAAUUGCUUCCAAAAAUCUGGUGACUUUAUAUGCUGAAAAUAAAAAUAUUGUUACAUUUUUCUAUAUUAUGUGUCAACACAUCAUAUUUCCCCCCACCGCAGAACUGUAUAUAUCUGAAAAGUUAGUAUACAUCUGAAAAACUUUUCCCUAUCCUGGUGGAUGAUUAUGAUUGUUUAUGGAAACAUGAAAAUUAUGUAACUAUAAAUUAUAUUAAAAUAAAUUU